UUCUGUGUAAACUAUAGUCAUAAUGUCGAGCAACUGGGGAAGUAACUCGAGGAGUAACAGCUCAGGAAGUAGUUCAAGAAGCGAUGUUGAGAACUCGUUUGAUGAUGAGGAGCUUUUGCAGAUUGGGACAAGAUGUAUGGAGCUACGGAGAGAAAAGGAGAUGCUGAGAGAAUCACAGUCACAGAGCAUUGAACUCGUCAGAAGGUUGGAACUGAAUGCGAAUUCGUUGUCAGAGUCUCGUUUAGAAGAUAAGAGAAGAAUUCAGAUAUUGGAGAAAGAACUGUUGAAUUGCUACCAAGAGAUUGAUUAUUUGCGGGAUCAAGUAAAUUUCAGAGGCCAGGAAAUGAACGACCUGAGUGAACAUGUGCUUGAUCUUGAAGUCAAAGUAACUGAAUCAGGGAAAUUGGAAGAAGAAGUUAACUAUUUGAGGGAGGAGUUGUGUUCGUCGAAAUCUGAGCAGCUAUUGUUGUUGCUAGAACUGGAGAGCACAGAAACUGAGCUACAGUUGUCUUUGUUUUCUGUUGAGAAGCUGGAGGAGUCUUACUCAUCCUUAACACUAGAGUCUCAGUGUGAAAUAGAAAGCAUGAAACUCGAUAUAGUAGCGUUGGAGCAGGAGCUCUUUGAUGCGCAGAAGUUUCAAGGAGAAAGCACCCAAGAAAACGAUAAGUUAAGAGAAAUAGUCAAGGAGCUACGGUUGAAGUCUCAAGAGGCAGAAGAGAAUGCUGAGUGCUUAGAGAAGCAAAACAAAAAGCUGAUGGAGAGAUGUGUAGCCUCUGAAAGGAAUAUCAAAGAAUUAUGUCAAAGCUUUAGAGAACGGUUGGACAGUGAAAGUGAAGCACCUGUAAAUACAGACUGUUUCUACGCUGAAUUAAACCAUAUGCUUCCAUUACCUGACGAAACCCGUGAAUGUUUCCAUGAGAUCAUCAAGAAAUUAGAGGUUUUCCGAGAUGCGAAACAAUAUGACAAAAUGGAAGAUAUGGCAAGACAGAUACUUCAAUACAAAGAUCUUGUAAAGCAGCUCAAGGAUGAGUUGAAAGAAGAGAAACUAAAGGCCAAGGAAGAAGCAGAGGACUUAACACAAGAAAUGGCUGAAUUAAGAUAUAAAAUGACAUGUUUAUUAGAGGAAGAAUGCAAGCGGCGUGCAUGCAUCGAACAAGCAUCAUUACAGAGAAUAGCCAAUCUAGAGGCACAGAUCAAGAGAGAGAAGAACAAGAAGUCCUCAACUUGCUUAGUUCCUCUUUCUGCCGUGUAAAACAGCUAAGGUUCAAGUUAAACUUGGAAUCACAGUUACUGCCUCAGAGAAGCCUUAAGCUAUAAGGUUUGAAUUUUUAUACAUUUAAAGUGUACAUAACAAUCCAAUUUGAUUGUAAAUUGGAAUAUGGAUUUCAUCUCUGUGAUUAUGUUUAUAUAUAGAAAUUGUGAGUUUUUCAAGAGUGAAACUGCUUCUUCAUGUGACUUCUAUGUGUUUAAUUACGCCUUCAGCAACAUUCAGAGAUCUCUAGCUGUGGAACUGAAAGCCAAUCAAGAAGCUUCUUACUG